AUGACGGCCAAUUCUAUAGCAACAAAUACUGUCCUCCCAGCGUCCAAUUCAAAAUCAAACUCCACUGAUGGGGAUGCCACGAAGCUAGCCAUGGCCCAGAUGAAGGCUACAACACCUGACCCGUCAGAUGGACCGCGGCCAGCCAUGUCGCAAACAUGGCAGACAGAGAGGCCACCAGCUGCGACAAGAUCGUCCAUUGCGCCAUCGGAAAUGGCCCGCCAUCCCACUAAUGUUUCCGCGUUUAACGAAGCCAUCCAAGCCGACCUUCGAGAUACUGAUGACGCUUCGAGAACCUCUUCUUCCUCAUCCGACGAUGAUGACGAUGGCGAUGACUCUUCAAAACAGAAGAGGUUCCAGAGAGCAAGAGGGAGGACGAGAGGGCAGGGUCAAGGAAAAAAGGGACACGGAGGAUCCUUCUCUCGCUUUCAUGUAGGCAAUAAGGACUAUCAAACCAAAGGAAGGGUUUCUAAGAAGGAUGGGAGGUUGAAUAUCAGCAUCAAUGAAAACAAUAACCGCGGAUAUCUGGCGAAGGCUCUUGGUGGUGCCUUUCUCAAACAGGAUGGGCCAAGGAAACGUGAAUCGGGGGCCGCUGCCGCACAUAAGCCGGAUGAUGGGGAAUUCUCAAAGGCACUUUCCGUGCCAGCAGCGGCCUCUGAUUUGCCGAUACCGAAGCUAAAUAUUGUUGUGAUGGUUAUUGGUAGUCGUGGUGAUAUCCAGCCAUUCUUGAAGUUGGGCAAGCGUCUCCAAGAGUGUGGCCACCGAGUUAGGAUUGCCACCCAUCCGGCGUUCAAAGAUUUUGUGCAAAGGGACUCCGGUCUCGAAUUCUUCUCAGUUGGCGGCGAUCCUGCAGAACUUAUGGCAUUUAUGGUCAAGAAUCCGGGCAUGAUCCCUACUAUGGAGACUUUAAAGAAGGGGGAAGUGGGACGACGCCGAAGCCAAAUGGCCGAGAUGUUUGAGGGGUUCUGGCGCGCGUGUAUCAAUGCGACUGAUGACGAACACGACGAAGUCAAUCGGAAAAUGAUGAGUCUAAAGUCUCCUUUCAUAGCAGAUGCGAUUAUUGCAAACCCGCCGUCCUUUGCUCAUGUCCACUGCGCGGAAAGGCUAGGUAUCCCGCUACAUCUUAUGUUCACAUUCCCAUAUACACCUACUCAAAAUUUCCCUCAUCCGCUCGCGAAUAUCAAGAAGACGAAUCUUGAGCAAGAAUAUGUAAAUUUGAUGUCUUAUCCUCUGGUGGAAAUGAUGACUUGGCAAGGUCUUGGGGACCUGAUAAAUAAUUUCCGAGUCAAGACACUAGGGCUCGAGCCUGUAUCUACGUUAUGGGCUCCGGGACAGCUUUACCGCCUCAAAGUACCGUACACCUAUCUUUGGUCUCCUGCCCUAAUCCCCAAACCAUUCGACUGGGGGCCAGAAAUCGAUAUCGCAGGCUUUGUAUUCUUGGAUCUUGCUUCAUCGUUCACACCCCCUGAAGACCUGGUGAAGUUUUUGGAUGCCGGCGAACCUCCAGUCUAUAUCGGGUUUGGAUCGAUAGUGGUUGAUGAUCCCGACAAGUUCACCCAGAUGAUAUUCGAAGCCAUUGAAAAAGCUGGAGUCAGAGCACUGGUCUCGAAAGGAUGGGGUGAACUCGGAGGUGAUAUUAAUAUUCCGGAUCACAUCUACAUGCUUGGAAAUACCCCCCACGAUUGGCUUUUUCCAAAAGUUCGGGCAGUAGUACAUCAUGGCGGCGCUGGAACUACUGCGAUCGGUCUGAAAUGCGGCAAACCUACAAUGAUCGUGCCUUUCUUUGGAGAUCAGCAAUUCUGGGGCACCAUGAUAGGGGGUGCAGGUGCUGGAUCAGACCCAGUCCCCCAUAAAGGUCUAACAGCGGAUAAACUCGCGGAAGGCAUCGAGGAGUGCUUGACCGAUGAGGCCAACGAAGCUGCACAAAAACUGGCAGCGAGUAUUGAAGCUGAGGGAGACGGUGCAAAGAAUGCAGUAGAGUCUUUCCAUCGGCAUCUAGUCCUGCGAGGUGAACGCUCAAUGCGCUGCUCGAUUUUGGAAGAUCGAGUAGCUGUGUGGAGGGUGAAGUCCUCGAAUUUAAGGCUGAGUGCGCUGGCUGCUGAUCUACUUGUUGGAAUGAACAAGCUCCACUGGAAGCAACUCCGCCUUAUUCGUCAUCACGAAUGGAAUGACUUCGAUGGACCUGGAGAGCCUUUGACUGGAGGCGCAACCGCCAUCCUUGGUACCGUCACAGGCGCCGCUGCUGGUGUUGGAAGUGUUCCAUUCAGGGUAGCUAAAACUGCAAGGAAACGAACUAUACGCGAAGAGAAGAAGAAGAGUAAAGCUCAAGAAUCUCCAGAAACGCGGAGCGGAAACGGUAGUGCCACAAAGAGAAAUUCCAAAGAGCAGAAUGGAAAAUUGGUUAAUGAGAGUCAACCCAAUGGCUCUGCCAAUGCUGGUAAGGGGAAAGUGGAGAAGGAACCAGCGUCAAAUUUAGAGAUAGGGAAGGAUGCAGCAGAGAAAACGGGAUCCCAUGCGGCCCCUAACACCGAGAAAGAUAGCCUAGAUCAUGUUAAAUCUUCGAUUUGGCCGGGCGGUAUGGGGGGACAUACAGUAAGAGGCGAGCCGGUACGCCAAAAACACGAGGCAAACCGCGAGGAGGCAGAAGGCAAGGACAACAAAUCUCUGACAUCAAAUGACCUCGAAGACAACACCGCUGAACAAUUCGCGCAAGAUGUCGGCGAAGGUCUUGGGCAAACUGCGGAGUCAAUAGCACGAUUGCCCAUGGAUCUAGCCCUAGCUGUAGCGCAAGGAUUUCAUAAUGCCCCGCGACUAUACGGAGAUGUUACUGUGAGAAGGCCCACCAGAAUCACUGGCUUGAAGUCCGGGCUGAAGGCUUCUGGAAAGGAGUUCGUUUUCGGUAUAUACGACGGCGUGACUGGACUUGUCGUACAUCCAUACACCGGGGCUCGUGAUAGGGGGCCCCUUGGCUUCGUCAGAGGUGUAGGUAUGGGGCUGACAGGCUUCGUCUUAAAAGACCUGGCGGCUAUUACCGGACCUAUCGCCUAUACAUUAAAAGGCGCCCACAAAGAGCUUCUCAAGAGCAAACAACCGACAAAAUUCAUCCGCAGAGCCAAAAUCAUGCAUGGAUAUCUCGACCACCAAGGAUUAAACGAGACCAAGUUGCAGGAAGUCAAAGCGGUCGUCACCCAUGGCUGGUCUAUUGUACAGCAAGUAUCGGAUGCAAUGGAUGGUCAGCUCCGCCAGGGCCUCCGCGGGAAGAUAAGGUUCAUGAAUCAGCGGAGGAUGUUGAAGGAAAAGGGCGGGUUUGAAAAUAUUGAGAAGGCCGAGAAAGCUUUGGACGCUUGGAAAAAGGGUGGGCGCUUUAAUGGUUUCGCUGGGGAGGGGGAAAAGCAACCAAAAAAGACGAUGAUAAAUGCUAAGAAGGAUAUUCCCCAGGACGAGGACACGAAGCUUACUGGGAAGGCAGGGGCACAAGCGAAUGGAUCCAACAAGCCUCAAAAUCUACAGAGGGCGAGUACACACGGUUAA